AUGAUAUCAGCAUUGUUGGUAGUAGUAGUAGUGGAGGACAAGAAAGACGUGGUAGUGAGUUCGUUUAUAAUACGGUGUUAUUGUAAUUGUGGGGAGUGUGUCAGAGAGGAAUACGCGCGAGCCACGGUGCAGUUUCUUAGUUCUUCAGAUGUGGCCCGAUCUCAUAGUGACAUACAGUAUAAUGUCGAAGUCUGUUGUCCUGCUAUCACCUGA